CCCGCUCUGCUCUAGGAUGCUGCGGCAGGUUCUGCACAGGGGCUUGAGGACGUGUUUCUCCCGGCUCGGCCACUUCAUUGCCAGUCACCCGGUCUUCUUCGCCUCGGCGCCGGUGCUCAUCUCCAUCCUGCUCGGCGCAAGCUUCAGCCGCUACCAGGUCGAGGAAAGCGUGGAGCACCUGCUGGCGCCCCAGCACAGCCUGGCCAAGAUCGAGCGCAACCUUGUCAACAGCCUCUUCCCUGUCAACCGCUCCAAGCACCGACUCUAUUCGGACCUGCAGACUCCCGGGCGUUACGGCCGGGUCAUCGUCACCUCCUUCCAGAAAGCCAACAUGCUGGACCAGCAUCACACAGACCUGAUCUUAAAGUUGCAUGCUGCUGUGACCAAGAUCCAGGUUCCAAGGCCUGGUUUUAAUUACACAUUUGCUCACAUAUGUAUCCUGAAUAAUGAUAAGACUUGCAUCGUGGAUGACAUAGUGCACGUCCUAGAAGAGCUAAAGAAUGCUCGGGCCACCAAUCGGACCAAUUUUGCUAUCACAUACCCGAUUACGCACUUAAAGGAUGGACGGGCCGUGUACAACGGGCACCAGCUUGGGGGUGUCACAGUGCACAGCAAGGACCGGGUGAAAUCCGCAGAGGCAAUCCAGCUCACCUACUACCUGCAAUCAAUCAACAGUCUCAAUGACAUGGUGGCCGAGAGGUGGGAGUCCAGCUUCUGUGACACUGUCAAAACGUUCCAGAAAUAUAACAGCAAAGUCAAAAUGUACCCUUACACUUCCUCAUCAUUGAGGGAAGAUUUCCAGAAGACCAGCCGUGUGUCAGAGCGUUAUCUGGUCACCAGCCUGAUCCUGGUCGUCACCAUGGCCAUCCUCUGUUGCUCCAUGCAGGAUUGUGUUCGCAGCAAACCCUGGCUAGGCCUGCUUGGCUUGGUGACCAUAAGCCUGGCCACUCUUACUGCAGCCGGGAUCAUCAAUCUCACUGGUGGAAAAUACAAUUCCACCUUCCUGGGAGUCCCUUUCGUCAUGCUAGGUCAUGGAUUAUAUGGGACUUUUGAAAUGCUGUCCUCCUGGAGGAAAACUAGAGAAGACCAACAUGUUAAAGAGAGAACUGCAGCAGUCUAUGCAGACUCCAUGCUCUCCUUUUCUCUCACCACUGCCAUGUACCUGGUCACCUUUGGCAUAGGGGCCAGCCCUUUCACGAACAUUGAGGCAGCCAGGAUUUUCUGCUGCAAUUCCUGCAUUGCAAUCUUCUUCAACUACCUCUAUGUACUCUCGUUUUAUGGUUCCAGUCUGGUGUUCACUGGCUACAUAGAAAACAAUUACCAGCAUAGUAUCUUCUGUAGAAAAGUCCCAAAGCCUGAGGUAUUGCAGGAAAAGCCAGCAUGGUACAGGUUUCUCCUAACAGCCAGAUUCAGUGAGGACACAACUGAAGGAGAAGAAGCGAACACAUACGAGAGUCACCUAUUGGUAUGUUUCCUCAAACGCUAUUACUGUGACUGGAUAACCAACACCUAUGUCAAGCCUUUUGUAGUUCUCUUUUACCUUAUUUAUAUUUCCUUUGCCUUAAUGGGCUAUCUGCAGGUCAGUGAAGGGUCAGACCUUAGUAAUAUCGUAGCAACUGCGACGCAAACCAUUGAGUAUACUACUGCCCAGCAAAAGUACUUUAGCAACUACAGUCCUGUGAUUGGGUUUUACAUCUAUGAGUCCAUAGAAUACUGGAACACUAGUGUCCAAGAAGAUGUCCUAGAAUAUACCAAGGGGUUUGUGCGGAUAUCCUGGUUUGAGAGUUAUUUAAAUUAUCUUCGGAAACUCAAUAUAUCCACUGGCUUACCUAAGAAAAAUUUCACAGACAUAUUGAGGAAUUCCUUCUUGAAAGCCCCCCAAUUUUCACAUUUUCAAGAGGACAUCAUCUUCUCUAAAAAGUACAAUGAUGAGGUUGAUGUAGUGGCCUCCAGAAUGUUUUUGGUGGCCAAGACCAUGGAAACAAACAGAGAAGAACUUUAUGAUCUCUUGGAGACGCUGAGGAGACUUUCUGUCACCUCCAAGGUGAAAUUCAUCGUCUUCAAUCCAUCCUUUGUGUACAUGGAUCGCUAUGCCUCCUCUCUGGGAGCCCCCCUGCACAACUCCUGCAUCAGUGCUUUAUUCCUGCUCUUCUUCUCGGCAUUCCUGGUGGCAGAUUCUCUGAUUAACGUCUGGAUCACGCUAACAGUUGUGUCCGUGGAAUUUGGAGUGAUAGGUUUCAUGACACUGUGGAAAGUAGAGCUGGAUUGCAUUUCUGUGCUGUGCUUAAUUUAUGGAAUUAACUACACAAUUGAUAACUGUGCUCCACUGUUAUCUACAUUUGUUCUGGGCAAGGAUUUCACAAGAACUAAAUGGGUAAAAAAUGCCCUGGAAGUGCAUGGGGUAGCUAUUUUACAGAGUUACCUCUGUUACAUUGUUGGUCUGAUUCCUCUCGCAGCUGUGCCUUCAAAUCUGACCUGUACACUGUUCAGGUGCUUGUUUUUAAUAGCAUUUGUCACCUUCUUUCACUGCUUUGCCAUUUUACCUGUGAUACUGACUUUCCUACCACCCUCUAAGAAAAAAAGGAAAGAGAAGAAAAAUCCCGAAAAUCGGGAAGAAAUUGAGUGUGUAGAAAUGGUGGAUAUGGAUAGCACCCGAGUGGUUGACCAAAUUACUACCGUGUGAUAGUGUCUGUUUGGUAUAUUUUCACCCUAGGUCUUAUCUACAGCAAAGAGAUUAUGUUAAUGAAACAAUUACAUUUGAAAGUAUUCCUUGUUUAAGGAUAAGAAACAGGCAUUGAAAAACAAGGUAAAAGACAAAAGGGUGGAAAUGAGCAUGAUAUAUUUUCAGUCUUCAAAACAAAAGGGUUAUGAGAAAGAAUUCAUAUACCUACACACACACACACACACACACACACACACACACACACAAAGAUUCACAGUCUUUCAAAGCAACAUCAAAAAGGAGAAAGCUUAUUUAUAAGCAGGAUCUUAUUUUAUCCACAUUGUAGAUGUUGCUGGUAUUGUGACAAACCUAUUGACUGAAAUGUCAGCUGCCAAGGCAGAAAUAGCUCUAAGUGUUGUUGAAACAAUAAGGGUUCCAGAUAUUCUGCAGAGCAGUAACUCCAACCAGGUCUGUGGUUUGAGAUCUUAGCCAUCUCAUCUAGUUCCACAAAACCCUAGGAGAUGCUUCUGAAAGUUCUGACCAACAAAAUCAGGUCAGAAGGAGACAUCAUACAAAGUGACCAUCACCCAUGGACUGAGGUUGAGUUAUCCCUAACUUUACCUGGGUGAGGCAGUUUUGUUGUUUAGAAUGAAUUUAUCCUAUUCCUCCACUGAUAUUCUUUUAACAUUCAUGUAGUUUGGUUAAUACACUUGGAAACCAAUGACAGCUCUAGCACUGUAGAAAUCAGGGCAACUCUAUUUUGAAAUAUCUUGUCACUUGUUUCCGAAUAGGUAUGUUUAAGUAAUCCAACUUUUGGCAGCAGGCACUGAGACCCAAAACUACAGAGCCAAACCCAAAUGCCUGGCAUGAUGAAGAAAAAGUAGGUAUUUACUUGAAUACAGAGACAGUAUCUCCAUUUUAACAGAAAAAAAAACCCAGCUGGUACAGCUGUUUGUGGUUUGGCCCUAAAUGCAUUUUGCAUGGAUGCCCAGAAACAACAUCUGCCCACACACAGCUGAUGAAGCCAAUGAACCCUGAAAUGAUUAUUUGCCA